CUAGAUCCAUUCAGCACUGGAGAAUGCAUUCUGGAAAAGUCGAAUGCUAUAACGCGUAAUUGCUCAUGGAGAGCGUCUGCCUAUAGUCCAUACACGCCGUUGAUCGAACUCGGAUUAUUGUCAGCUCUACACCUCGGUAAGGACAUGUAUCAGGGGCUGAGCAUGGCUGCCAACCCCGGCUCAUACGAGCCCAGUUUCGUGCACAACGCCUCGUCUCCGGUGUACGUACCGAGCACACGCGUGGCCCCCAUGAUCCCUGGACUGCCCUACCUGCAGAGCCCUCAGCAAAGCAGCCCGGCUUCCAGCCAUUCAGCCUGGGCACAGACAGGAUCAGAACCCGUGGCCUCCUACAACACAGCCGGCUCGCACCAUUCGCCCGUGUCCCCGCGCUUCGGCUUCUCAUCAAGCCCGCCGCUCAGCUCCGCCGCGAGAGACACGGCGACCUACACCAGCCCGCUGAAUGUCACUGCGAAUGGACGGGAACACUACAGCGCCCGCAGCCUGGCAUCCUCCUAUCCGGCUCCAUACACGGCCUAUGUGAGCCCGAGCGUGGGGGGAAGCUGGGCCGGGUCCCAUUUCGACAGCUCGGUUCUUCAUAGUCUGCAGUCCGCAGCACCCGUCAGUGCAGCCAGACACCCGAAUUUAGAUUUGUUCGAUGAUUUCGCAGAAGGCCGCGAAUGUGUGAAUUGUGGGGCCAUGUCCACUCCUCUAUGGCGACGGGAUGGGACUGGUCAUUACCUAUGCAAUGCUUGUGGACUCUACCACAAGAUGAAUGGCAUCAACAGGCCACUGAUCAAACCCCAGAGACGACUGUCUGCAUCCAGGCGGGUGGGUUUAUCCUGUACUAACUGCCACACGACCACCACCACUUUGUGGAGACGAAAUGCAGAGGGAGAGCCAGUCUGUAACGCCUGUGGUCUCUACAUGAAGCUGCACGGGGUUCCUCGUCCUCUUGCCAUGAAGAAAGAAGGGAUUCAGACCCGUAAACGCAAACCCAAAAACCUCAACAAGACCAAGUCUGAAACCCCUGGGACUGAAGGUCACACACCCUUAAGUGCAACCAGCACCAGUAAUACUGUAGCAGAACCCCGGCCCAUCAAGUCUGAGCCAGGGACGCCCAAUCUCUACUCUCAUCACAAUAUACAUACACAAAUUUCCUAUAUGGGAAGCCAAAGCAGAGCUUCGCCGCUGAAACUCUCCUCACCGAGCCACGCUGGGAUUCCCAGCGCCAAAAAUGAGCCCUGGAACAGCCUGAUUCUGGCUUAGACGUGAACCUGUCGUCCUUCUCUUGUUGCGGUUUCUGUAUGGGCUAAUGCCGGGCCAGUGACAGCAAAGAGGUCUAAUGUCUAAUGAACUCCAAGAGCUAAAACACUACCAACAGAACCAUGAGGCUGUAAAGGAAACUGCAAAGAAUCAACUCUCGGAAUCACUGUCCAGAAUUCAAAUACAAGAAACAAGGGUCACUAAAACAAAAAGGACCAUGAGAUACAACUUCAAAAUGACUGCUAUUUAAGAUCAAGAACUGUCUACAGGAAUGUGAAGUGUCUGGUCAGAUGAUGACUACAAUCUAAUUGCUCAAACAAUGGUCAAUUGUUGGCCAUUUACCAUACCAGUAAAAUCUCCCAGUAAAAGUAGGUGGGUUUAGCCCAUAUUAAGUUCAA